UCCUUUGUAGAGUUGAUGUCACCACCUUCCCUUAUCUCACGUAGCUGUCAGAGUUCUGCGUCUUCACUAACCCUGUUUUAUCUUCGACCCUUCUUAUCUUCUUCCAGAAACCAAAGCUGAAGGCAUCCAAUUCUACAUUUAUCAGGAUCAAAAGAAGAGAGUAUAUAGUGGAGUAGAGCUACUAGUCGUUCCAUCUUUUCCUUUUCUUUGGUUCCUUUGGGUUCGUCAGAUGGAAUUUUUGCUUGAAAGAAAAGAGAGUUUCUACAUCACUGACAAGGAAGAAGAGAACUCCAAACAGCCUCCCUUCAAUCCCCCCUCUUCUUCUCCUUCACUGGCAUCUACUGCUUUCAAGUGGCACGAUAGCUCGUCCGGUGGCGGCGGUGAUUUCUCUUUCAUGGAGAAGGAGCACAUGUUUGACAAGGUAGUGACUCCCAGCGACGUCGGGAAGCUGAACCGGUUGGUGAUCCCGAAGCAGCACGCCGAGAAGUACUUCCCGCUGGACUUGUCAGCCAGCGAGAAGGGGCUUCUGCUGAGCUUCGAGGAUCGGACGGGGAAGCACUGGCGAUUCCGCUACUCCUACUGGAACAGCAGCCAGAGCUACGUCAUGACCAAGGGGUGGAGCCGCUUCGUCAAGGAGAAGAGCCUCGGCGCCGGGGACACCGUCUCCUUCGGCCGCGGCGUCGGCGAUGCUGCACGCCACCGCCUCUACAUCGACUGGAAGCGUCGACCGGAGAGGCGUGGCCUAGCCCGGAUCCCUUUCCCUGGGUUUUGCUUCGACCGGUCAACCGGGCCGUGGAGCGCCAGGCUCGUCGUCCCACCGGCGGUGGCGUGCGACCACACCUGGCAGGGGCGCACGUACAGCGCUGCCAACUCAGGUAUCGGAGCCGGACAACUUCUACUUCCGCUGUACUUCACUUUGCCGGCCCCGAAGCCACCACAGAUGGCGGUGCAACAGGUGACCAGCAGCCGAGUGCCCCUUGUUCACGACCACGCCGCCGUUAAGCGAGUUAGGCUGUUCGGAGUGAACCUAGACUGCCCUGAUCGAGGAGACGACGCCAAUUACCACCGCAGCGUGCGGCAGUUGCAUCCGACGACUGCUCUUCCGUUCCUCCAGCCGCUGCGCGCGGAAAGCCAGACACUGCUAGCCUCAUCGUCUUCCCAAAUGAGCAAUCAGCAGCGUUCGCCACUGGAUCUUUGUUUAUGAGGAAGAGAGGACGACCUCAUUUCCGUUAUCCUUCUGAGCAACUAUAUUACGUUUGUGUGUACUCAUUUAUCUUCUUCUCUUACGAUUAUCUCUCGUCUUGAUCCAUGUGUAUGUACUAUAUGGAUAUUGAGAUCAUCUGCCUCCAAGCCAACUUCUUCAGCUUCAUCUCCCUGAGAUCAGCAGUCGACAUGCCCUAAAGUGGAGGACAGGCCGUCAAAGAGUCGUACAGGUCAGAUCUAAUUAGUACUCCUCUCAUUCUUGCAUGACCUUGAUUAACAUAUAUGUGCAUCCUGUCACAAUUCGUCUACAUUUCUUGGGAGUAGAAAGCACUGUUAGGCAAUCCAAGUUGUUUGAGGUAUGAUGAACCAGCUUCCAAAAUCUUUUUGAGGGGGCAAUGGAUGAACAAGACAAGUACUGAAUCUUUAUGCAGUUCAUUAAGAUCAUCAGAUGUCGGACAGGCUUUGCUCCUGCUGCAUAUUUAGCUGGUUUUAAGUGUACCUUGCUCCCUAUGCACAGCAUGAAAGCUGUAAGCAUUUGUAGCAGGUGAUGUGGCGGAUUGAAUGUUCAGUUGAGGGUUGCGGAGAAGAUCAUCUACAUGUUCCCAUGAGAUUACUGAGUUGACUUGCUUGGUUGUGGUCAUCCUUAUUACUUGUGCCUUCCAAUUAGUUCUCAUAGUUCAUAAAAUCUACUAAGAAGUCAAACACAACCAAGUGGCUAUUGAAGUUGGAGCUUCCUAUUGACAAAGUUAAACUAGAGUGUCAUCUUUCAAUUAAAGUGUACAUGCUUCUUCUUUGUUUCCCUCUUCAUA